AUGUAUCGGACCCGACUUCCUAUGGUGCCCGCCACAGCUCGGGCCCUCCUUAUACGGCGCGUCAAGUGUGAUGAGGCAAAACCCAGCUGCAAGCGAUGUACCUCCACUGGGCGCAGAUGCGAUGGGUACGAGUUUCUUCCCCAGGAUGCCACGGCCAGCUCAAGAUCAACCUCGUUAUUGCCACCACAAGCGCCUCCUCGUGUGACUUUCCAACAUCUAUAUCAACCCAAUUCCAUCUCGAAACCCUUCCAAGGAACCACUCAAGAACGUCGCAUCUUUCACCGAUUCCAAUAUUGCACGGUCCCCGCGUUCACCGGUGGGUCGGAGUCUGGCUUUUGGACCAAGCUCGUGCUUCGAGUGGGUCAAGACGAACCCGUCAUCCGCAACGCCAUCAUUGCACUGGGCACGCUACAUGAGGAUUAUCAGAUUCGUUGUGGCCAAUAUUCUCCCCGAUUGCUCAAGGAGGACAGCUACCAGGACGCCCUGAAGCUAUAUGGUAAGGCAGUCCACCAGCUGCAUCAGAGAAUCAACGUGUACUCCCCGACAAACGCCAAGCUAGCCAUUAUUGCAAGUAUAUUAUUUGCAUGCUUUGAGGUCCUGCGGAGGGAUAAUAUGACUGCCGUCUUCCACUACCAGACCGGAAUGAAAGCAUUGAUCCGUGAGAUGGAGCGUUCCAAAGAUGGCAGCUCCUCGCUGACCCCGUAUUCCUCCGGUCAGCCGUCAAAAGCAAUCUUUCAAGAGACACCCCAGAGCGACAUGGAUGAGAUGCUGCGCGUCUUUGCACGAUAUGAUAUUCAAGCAUGCACAUUUUCCAAAGACGAAGCCUGGCCCCUGUCAACUCACGUGGACCCCGUCCCGCUGGUCCUACCUACCAACCUCAGUCUGGAUCAAGUACGAAAUCAUCUCGAUAACCUCCUUGUAUCGGUGUACCAGCUAGUCAAGUCCGAUUUGCGCAUGUUCCGAUACUGGCCGGCAGACUCGGUACCCAUGCAAUGGAAGCUUCAACGACAGGACGCGAUCGGCAUUUUUGAUUCGUGGACCCCGGCUCUAGAAGAGUUCUUUCAGUCCCAGGCCACGCAACUGUCGGACGCAGACAGCCGAAGCCUACUAGGACUACGACUGCAAAUCAAGACGGCUGUUAUCAUGCUCAAGACAUGCAUAGACUCUGGGCCGGAAACCACGUUCGAUGCCUUUGAAGAUGAUUUUGAGGAUAUGGUGUCUAAAGUCGAACAGAUGACCGCCGCCCUCGGCAUGCCGGAAGCUGGCCCUCUAGAUGUUGACCACAUCCCUUUCACCAUGGAACUUGGGAUUAUCCACCCUCUAUUCUUUGUCGCAUGCAAGUGUCGAAACUGGGAUAUUCGACGGCGGGCGAUUGCCCAAUUAAGAAGAAGCGGCAAGGAGGGAGUCUGGGAGGGCCCUAUCAUGGCCGUGCUCGCGCGGAGAAUCAUGGUGCUGGAGGAAGAAGGCCUGGCUUAUGGGGAUGUGGUGCCAGAAGCGAACCGUUUCCAUGAAAUCAAGAAGAAUGUGGAAUACGACAAUCGAAGCAUACGAUUCGAUGCGACGAGAGCGACGGAUGCAACAUGCCAGUAUUUUUCGAGGUUCGGCGAGACUGUGGCAUUCUGA